AUGGUGCUGAUGUCGGAGGUGGGGCCCCCAGAACUGCUAUGCUGGCGUCGGAUAUGGUGUCGGUGGAAGCACUCGCGCAACUGGCGUUAUGAGAACGACCGACGUAAACGCAUCAACGUCAUUGACGACACUUGCACCGUGGCUGAACUCCCCGUCAGACUUAUGAAGGUGUUCCUGCUGUUCGGAUUUCCAUGUAGUCUUGUCUCUGGGCAGAACGGGAGUCAAGAUAAUAUCAUCAGUGUUGAGCCAGUCGAUAUAGGAGUGGGCCCUGAAGCCGCGACUGCUGUGGACUGCAGCAAAGCGUUCGAGUGUGAUGCGGUCUCCCACGCUCCUGUUUGCGGAUCUGAUGGCACCACCUAUGCCAAUAGCUGCGCCUUUGCUUCGGUCUUUUGCUCUUCGGAACACGACGCAGACACUUUAUUUAUCCAAGCGCUGGGCGAAUGCCCUAACGACCUAGAGGGCACUCUAAUCGAGCCUCUGUCCGCUGAACAAAUAGAGUCAAGCCCUGAAGAAAGCGCCGACGUGGAUCUGAAGACCGUAUUCUGCUCUCUAACGUGCAAGUUGACACCUGAUCACGUCUGUGGCACGGAUGGCGUAACGUACAUCAACGACUGCCACCUCCUGUCCUCAAAAUGUGAAAAUCCACACGUGGAAAAAGCCUAUCGUGGAGACUGCGUUUCGAGCAAUGGAGACACCAAACUGAACGUCUUGGAAGUCGGUGUGAGCGUCAUCGACGCUCCGUUGACAGCUGAGAAGUGUAACCCCAUGUGUGAGCGCGUAUACGACCCAGUCUGUGGCUCCGAUGGCAUCACGUACGCCAAUCUGUGUCUCCUGGAAUACGCCGAAUGCCGAAACCCUAACGUGAAGAUGUUUGGACCUGGCAAGUGCCCUCCAAACAUGCAGGCGGUUCGAUCAGCUACCACCGUCACCAGUAACUAUAACGGAGACUCCUGUAUCCCUGAGCCGUGUCCGUACACGUUUGCCCCCGUUUGUGGCUCAGACGGCCAAACCCACGACAAUCUCUGUCUUUUCGCCAAUGCCAAAUGCCAACAACCAACGCUGACGGUGAUUCAUGAAGGAGAAUGUGACGUAGACACGCAGCUCACGUGCAAAACGUUGACCUGUCCGACGUUCACCGAGUGCAAAGAGCAAGUUGAAGCUGACAACUCUGUUGUUGCUUACUGUGCUGACGUGUGCUCGCCGGAUCGCUGUAGCGAGCGCGAAGACUGCGAGUUGGUGGACUCGGACUGCUACACGGCUCCCUGUUCUCCCAUUGCAAUGUGCGUCCCGAAAGUACAAGAGGGGUAG